AUGUACACGCUCGGAAGACAUGUCCUAGAGUCGAAGAACCAGGGUGCGUUGGCCAUUCCUGCCGUCUUCCUCCACCAGGAGCUGCCUAUCCGUCUCUCGCACGCCCUCAAGAUGCUCAACUCCAACUCGCUCCCCAUCAACAUGGCUGACAUGCCCAACUUUCAGUCCAUCUUUGCCUCCUACCUCGAAGACAUUAGCAUGAUCACACAGAUGCCAAAGCCAUCGACACCACAGCUGGAAGAAGAGUUCACAGUCUUGUUGAGGAACCUGGAGCAGCGGCAUAAGAUCAAGAUCCUCGCCAUCAGCAAGGGUUUCAGGGAACUCAUGGACAAUGUCCAGCGACAGUGCAUCGAGCACGACCCAUCAUGCAACAACUCGCUCUUCUACCACAACGGUAAAGGCUGGACCAUUGACCCUCAGGCUGACAGGGCCAUUCAGACCUUCUUCAAUCGGUUUUAUACCAUCAAUCUCGGCACUCGGCUCUUAAUCGGCGAGCAUUUGGCGCUUCAUGACAGAGGAUUGAAUCUGGUGCAGCGUGUCAACCCCCUCGCCAUCUCAAAACGCGCCAUUCGGGAUGCCCAAAAGGUGUGCGCCGCACAUUACGGACAGUCGGCGCCCUCGGUGCUGAUCCAUACACCCAACCCAGACAUCUCGACAACAUAUGUGGACGAGUUCUUGCACAGGAAUAUCUAUGAGCUUCUCAAGAAUGCCAUGAGAGCAACCUCUGAGACACACCUCAACAAUGGCUCGCCCGUCUCGCUCGGACUCUCGUCUUCUACCGCAAGCAGGUCGAAACUACCUCCCGUCAAGCUGGUCUUGGUGGAUGGUGGUGAGGAUGUGACGAUCAAGAUCUCGGAUGAAGGCGGUGGGAUGGCUCUGAGUGAGAUGGACAAGAUCUGGAGCUAUGUUCAUUCAGGAGAUUCGUCCAGCUUGCGCCAGUCGUCGUCAUCGUCUAGCAAUACCGCUGCAAAGACGCAACGGGAAGUGCCCAAGACGACAACGACGACGACGCCAUUCCAGCCCUCGGCCCCAAAUACCUCGGCGUUGCUCACCUCGGACGUGUCGUCAACAACGACAGAGUCCAGGAACGUCCUCCGCACAGCGGAUUCGAUGACCGUGAUGGGAGGAUUGGCGAGCGAGGCGAAGGAUUACUUGGACUCGCCCCUGAAUGGAUCGGGCCACGGAUUGCCUCUGGCGAGGUUGAUUGCGCGGUAUUUUGGAGGCGACCUGUCGUUGAUCUCGAUGGAGGGCUAUGGCACCGACUCGUAUCUGUCGCUUUUCCGCGAUGACGACCAUUUGGAGAAUUUCCCCGAGGUGGAUGAGGAGAUGGCGGUGGAGAUUGACGUCUUUGUCAACGAGUUCAUGGACGAGCCAUCUUUGUCCUCGUUGUCGUCUCAGGCUGGAUAUGAGUACUUUAACAACGUUGAGCAACAGCAACAACGUCCUUCGUCGUCGAUUUCACCAAGAAAGUAA